AUGUCCCAUUCCCGGGCUCGGCCGUUCCCGCAGGUCCGGAACGAGUUCUACAAGGACACCCAGGGCGUUCUCCUGGUCUACGACGUGGGAUCCAAGGAAUCCUUCGACUCCCUGGAUUCCUGGCUGGCCGAGAUGAAGCAGGAGCUGGGCCCCCACGGGAACAUGGAGAACGUCGUCUUCGUCGUCUGCGCCAACAAGGUGGACUCCGGGAAGCUGCGGAGCGUGGACGAGAGCGAGGGCCGGCUCUGGGCCGAGAGCCGCGGCUUCCUCUACUUCGAGACCUCGGCACAGACCGGAGAGGGGAUCGCCGAGAUGUUCCAGGUGGGAUAGCGGGAAUGGGAGUGG